CGUGAAAGCCUAGAAAUGGGACUGUUGACAUUUAGGGAUGUGGCCAUAGAAUUCUCUCUGGAGGAGUGGCAAUGCCUGGACACUGCACAACAGAAUUUAUAUAGGAAUGUGAUGUUAGAGAACUACAGAAACCUGGCCUUCCUGGGUAUUGCUGCCUCUAAGCCAGACCUCAUCACCUGUCUGGAGAAAGCAAAAGAGCCCUGGAAGGUGAAGCGACAUGCGAUGGUGGAUGAACCCCCAGUUAUAUGUCCUCAUUUUGCUCAAGACCUUUGGCCAGAGCAGGGCAUGGAAGACUCUUUUCAAAAAGUAAUACUGAGAAGAUACGAAAAAUGUGGACAUGAGAAUUUACAGUUUAAAAAAGGCUGUAAAUAUGUGGAUGAGUGUAAGGUGCACAAAGAAGGUUACAAUGGACUUAACCAGUAUUUCACAACUACCCAGAGCAAGGUAUUUCAAUGUGAUAAAUAUCUGGAAGUUUUUAAUAAAUUUUUAAAUUCAAACAGACAUAAGGUAAGACAUACUGGAAAGAAAUCUUUCAAAUGUAAAAAAUGUGUCAAAUCAUUUUGCAUGAUUUCACACAAAACCCAGCAUAAAAGCAAUUAUACACAAAAGAAGUCCUACAAAUGUAAAGAAUGUGGAAAAACCUUUAAUUGGUCCUCAACCCUUACUAAUUAUAAAAAAAUUCAAACUGAAGAGAAACCCUACAAAUGUGAAGACUUUGGCAAAGCUUUUAAGCAACCCUCAACCCUUUCUACACAUAAAAUAAUUCAUGCUAGAGAGAAACUCUACAAAUGUGAAGAAUGUGGCAAAGCAUUUAUCUGGUUCUCAACCCUUACUAAACACAAGAGAAUUCAUACGAGAGAGAAACUCUACAAAUGUGAAGAAUGUGGCAAAGCAUUUAUAUGGUCCUCAACCUUAUCUAGACACAAGAGGAUUCACACUGGAGAGAAACCCUUCAAAUGUGAAGCAUGUGGCAAAGCUUUUAGCCAAUCCUCAACCCUUAAUACACAUAAGAUAAUUCAUACUGGCGAGAAACCCUACAGAUGUGAAGAAUGUGGCAAAGCUUUUAAGCAACUCUCAACCCUUACUACACAUAAAAUUAUUCAUGCUGGAGAGAAGCUCUACAAAUGUGAAGAAUGUGGCAAAGCUUUUAACCGAUCCUCAAAUCUUACUACACAUAAAAUAAUUCAUACUGGAGAAAGACCUUACAAGUGUGAAGAAUGUGGCAAAGCAUUUAUCUGGUCCUCAACUCUUACUAAACAUAAAAGAAUUCAUACUAGAGAGAAACCCUACAAAUGUGAAGAAUGUGGCAAAGCAUUUCUAUGGUCCUCAACUCUAACUAGACACAAGAGGAUGCACACUGGAGAGAAACCCUACAGAUGUGAAGAAUGUGGCAAAACUUUUAGCCAGUCCUCAACUCUUACUACACAUAAAAUAAUUCAUACUGGAGAGAAACCUUACAAAUGUGAGGAAUGUGGAAAAGCCUUUAACUGGUCCUCAACUCUUACUAAACAUAAGAUAAUUCAUACUGAAGAGAAACCCUACAAAUGUAAAAAAUGUGGCAAAGCCUUUAACCAGUCUUCGAUCCUUACUAACCAUAAGAGAAUUCAUACUGGAGAGAAGCCCUACAAAUGUGAAGAAUGUGGCAAAUCUUUUAACCGGUCUUCAACCUUUACUAAACAUAAGGUAAUUCAUACUGGAGUAAAACCCUACAAAUGUGAAGAAUGUGACAAAGCCUUUUUCUGGUCCUCAACCCUAACUAAACAUAAGAAAAUUCAUACAGGAGAGCAAACCUACAAAUGGGAAAAAUUUGGCAAAGCCUUUAACCAGUCCUUACACCUUACUACAGAUAAGAUAACUCAUAUUGGAGAGAAAUCUUACAAGUGUGAAUAAUGUGGCAAAGCCUAUAAAAAAUCUUAAAUUCUUCAUAGGCGUAACAUUCAUGCUGGAUAGAAACUCUACAAACCUGAAAGAUGUGCUAAUGCUUUUUACAAUACCUCAGACUAUUCUAAACAUAAAGAAAAUCAAAUAUAUUUUCAGUUGCAGUAAAUAUAAAAGUUAUUUAAUUCAAAAUUAAGUAAAUAUCAGGGAAUAAUUCACAGAAAUAUCUAGGGCACUCUAAAAUUAGUCAUUACAUGAAAUCAGAGUGCUGAGUAUAGAAAAUACAAACCAAAGUUUGUGUAAGCAUUAUUUGUAUAUAACUUUAAAAGCAUUAGAAUAUUUUUGGAGCAUUGUAAUUACAUUCAAAGUAUACUUU